AUGGCGGUUGACGGAGGGUCAUCGCCGGAGCAGUCCGCAAUCGACCUUCGAAAGGAGCGGCGUUCAUGGGCAGCUACGGCCUCAUAUCCAUCUCCACUGUUGCUAGAUGGCGGCGAGGGUGCUCGUCAUGGCGUACAUGCUGAACUCAGGCGGCUUAAUGGCUGGGCGGCAGAAGCUUCGAGGGCAGCUGAUAUUGCCAACAUGUAUCCGACGGGCAAGCAAAAGUCAAAGGCAGGCAGUCCCGCGGAUGUGCGGCCACCGGGCGAGGACAAGGUCAACAAGCCUCCCAGUAGCAAUGGCAGCCACAGCAGCAAAGCUUCCAGCAGCAGUGGCCGUAUCAGUGGCAUCAUCAGUGGCAGCCGCAGCAGCAAGCUUACCAGCAUCAGUGGCAGCCACAGCAAGAUUAUCCGCAGCAUUUACUACCACAGCAGCAAGGCCCCCAGCAUCAGUUGGAGCUUCCGCAGCCAGGCUCUCAGCGUCGAACACAGCGACAACCGCAAGGCUCCCAGCGUCGACGCCGGCGACAGCUCCAGGGGCAGCCGGGCACUCGCCAUGAAGAGCAUCUGCGACCGCCUUCUCAGGCUGGGGCGCAGCUUGCUGUGCAGACAUUGCCGUCUUCAAAAGAGUCUCGCCGACGGAGCCAGUCAUCUAGCACGCAGUCUACAGAAGGUGGGGUCCGUCCCGAUGUAUUAG